CGAUGAGACUUCGGUCAUAAAGAUACAUCAAUGAUAGGCAACAAUUACAGCGAUGAAAUAUUCGACGAAAUAUGUAUUUCUAUCCAUCGUGAUAUCAUAUAUGAAGAUUUCCACUGUUGCCACGACAACGAACAACCGCAUUCUCUUGAGUAGCCUGAUGGUUGGUGCAGCUCUUGGGGCGUCAUUAUCUGGAAGUUACACCUUCAGUGAAGGCGAACUUGCAUUACUGACGACUGGGGUUUUGGUUUUGAACUUUCCAGGGAAUAAGCAGGCGGAAGAUUCAAUAGAUCCAUGCAUUGCCAAAGGAUAUGCUAGAAGCCCGAUUUUGGGAUGCUAUCGGCUCAUAAAGGACGCUAAGCUAAUCCAACCGGAAGCGAAACAACGGUGUGCUCAAGAUGGCGGUCGUCUGCUGCUGGUGAACUCGGCAGAGGAGUCACAAGAAGUACUCUCACUUCUUGUAAGGGAAGGUGUGGAGUAUGUUUGGAUACAGGGAUCCAGGAGUUCCCUUUCAGCUCCCUGGUUGGCCGACGACGGAACCCCAUUGCCUUACACAGGAACAAUCGACAAUAACAACGUUCCGGAUUCAUUCAAAAUGGCUUUUUAUCAAAGAUUGUACGCUUAUCCAGCUUUGGGUCAAUAUUACCCUCUUUGUGAAAUCUGA